AUGGUGGAUGCGCGAACCACACAGUCUGCCGCUACCCUGAGCACGGCCAUCCACAGGGAUAAAGCCCACAGCAAGAUGACGGAGGGUUAUUCGCGACACUGGGAGCAGAACGGGGAGGCUUUGCCUGAUGACGAGGACGCUCGAAACACCCGAAAGCAAAAAUACGGCGAAUUGGUCAACGACUAUUAUGACGCCGCGACAGACCUCUAUCUAGAGUCCUGGGGUCAAUCGUUCCACAUGUGUCGAUAUCCUCGAGGUCCAGAGAACAAAGAAAAGGCGACUGCAAGGCACGAGCAUUACCUCGCUCAUAUGAUGAGUCUGCGCUCUGGCAUGCGUGUGCUUGAUGUCGGCUGUGGUGUCGGAGGUCCUGCCAAAGAGCUCGCUGCCUUUACGGGCUGCCACGUCGUCGGCCUGAAUAACAAUGGCUACCAAGUACGGAAAGCGGCUGAUAUGGCCAAGGCUGAAGGCAUGGAGAAGAUGGUGGAAUUUGUGAAAGGCGAUUUCAUGGAUAUUCCUUUUGCGAACGGUGAAUUCGACGCAGCCUUCGCAUUAGAAGCGACCGUCCACGCACCGUCUCUGGAAGAUGUAUACGCCCAAGUCUAUCGAGUGUUACGACCAGGCUCCAUCUUUGGCGUCUUUGAAUGGGUACUCACCGACAACUUCAUCCCUGGGGACCCUGCCCACGAAGCGACCCGAUCUGGUGUUGAGCGCGGCAAUGGCAUUCCAUCGCUUCAGACAAAAGCAGUAGCCCGUGCAGCAAUGCAAAGCGUCGGGUUCGAGCUGCUCGUAACCGAAGAUCUUUCCGAGAAACAAGACGAAAUACCAUGGUGGUAUCCGAUAUCCGGAGACGUCAAGCAUGCGAAAGGUAUCAAGGACUGGCUAUUGGUCAUCAGGAACACACCAUGGGGUAGGGUAGGUGUGAAGCUGAUCGUAAGAGUCUUGGAGACAGUGAGGGUUGCUCCGAAGGGGACGCUGAAGAUGACUGAAGAAUUUAUCACCGCCGCGGAUGCUUUGAUUGAUGGUGGAAAGAAAGGCAUUUUCACGCCUAUGUUCUUGAUGGUGGGCCGGAAGCCAGAUGCGUGA